AUGUCCUCUGAUCCGAAUUCGAUGUCCGGGCUUGGAGUACGCUUUUCAGCAGCAGAAUCUGAUGAUCAGGAUUACGCUCGUGCUCAUAACUCCUCGGAGGAAUCUGAACACCCCACAAAAGUUGGGGCGUUUGCGAACUUUUUCGAAGAAUUUGAACAGGAAUCGGAUGGCAUGUCUCAAUACUCCCAGCCCAAUAGAAACUGGCAACAGGCUAUGCUGCAUUCAUUCGAUCACGAAAACGUUCAUGAAAUCACCGAUUCUUCAGAUGUUUUUAACCAGCAUAAUUUCCCCAGCCCCUACAUGCAUGAUGUCGACCCAGACCUAGUUUACAUGGAUCGAUACGGGGAACUGUCGCAACCUGUGAACCCGUUUACUUCUUAUGGUGAAGUAGGUCGGGAUCUGUAG